AUAUAUUUGUGAAGCUAUUGAGGCAAAGAAGGGAAAGAAGUUUCGGAGAGAUGGGUGGUGGUGAUAUGAAGCAUUUGGUUUUGGUGAAGUUCAAAGAGGCCAUCUCUGUUCAAGAAAUUAUUGAAGGCAUGGAACGCCUGGCCUCUGAGGUGGAAUAUGUAAAGGCUUUUGAAUGGGGACAAGAUGUGGGUUCAGAGGAGCUCCUGAGGCAAGGUUUCACUCAUGUGUUCAUCUUGACAUUUGGGAGCCAUGAAGAUUUUAUGGCAUAUUCAUCACAUCCUUCUCACUUGGAAUUUGCAGGAAAGUUCAUGGCUACAAUUGAGAAGGUCAUAGUGUUUGAUUAUACUCCUGUUCUCAUGAAAUCAAUGGACGAAAAGCUUGCGUGAUUAUGAAUAAGUGUGUUUCUUAUGUGCUUUGAUGUUUUAAGAGAGUAUAAGGUUGUGCAUGUUGUCCUAUUUUGUGAUCUUGUAUCGGGAAAGGCUAAUGAUAUUGGGAUUGGGCCUCUGGGCUUAAUUGUCUAUGGUCUUGAACAUAGCGAUAUACAUUUUUUUUUUUUUAAGAUAAAGUCUAAUAUAAGUGCAAUAUCACAAGACAAUUUCAAGAGAGAAUUGAUAUCAAAGUUUGAGAAUUUUGAAGCUACAUUUUGGAUUCUGCAAAGAAGUUGUAUAUUUGGAGCUAAAGAAAUGGAUUGAUUAGGGGUUCA